GUAGCCUACAAUGAUUCCCGUUGAACUUGGAAAGGAUGCUGUGCGUUUUACACACUUUGGGACAAAGAAGGUGAUUACAACGGCUCGUCCCAUUUUCGUACUAUAUUCAGAGAUCUGAUAAGGUAGAAGCACAGUCACAGAGGUUUUACGCAAAGAAGAGUGAAAAUGCAUUCCGGUAAAUCCGAAAUUCAGAUGCAAAAAUCCACCGCCGUUUUUGGAAUGGUCAGUCAUCAUCAAGCCCCCUCGGCCACAGACUUGUCCGGGUUGAGCUUCUCCGUGUACAGCGGUAAAUCACACAGCUGUGUGAAAAGAGCCGGGAGCGACAGCUGCGGCGCCGAUCCCAGCCGAAGUCCACACGGUAACGCAAGUCAUGUGCAGCUGCAAGUUUCAAGUCCCAAACGACUUCCCGCGCCGGUGGAGCGUUAUCCUGAACUCAAGAAUCAGCCCGAGCAUCUAUCGCAAGAGUCCGUGCAAGUGAACGGAGUCUGCCGCCCCUUCUGCUCCAGGAAGAAGGAUGUGUCGGAGGCCAUGGGUGGCGAAUGCGUGGCGUCCAGGAGCGGGCAGAGCCGCGCGCCCACCCAGCCAGUAGGAGAGGGCUUCGUCGCCCCUGGCGACCGAGCCGCUCAGAACCUCUGUAUCCAGGGCAACCAUCACCACGACGGCGCAAGGUGCACAGGCUUUCAGGAGGCCCUUGUACCGGUGGGCCUGGGUGGGGACGGGGGCCACUGUUUCGGCGGAGUAGGCCGCCAGCUGCAGCACAUAAAACAGGAGAGCCCCGCCAAGUACAAAAUCACGUCGGGCGUCCCGUCCACCCAGGAGCCCCUCCCCGGGAGGGCGGGGCCGGGGGCGGGGCCGGGCCCGGCGAGCCUCCCGCCCCCCGAGAUCGAGCUGACCCACGGCGGCUUCGCCUCGUACCCGUUCGGCAGCGACGGCGGCCCGACGAUGCAGUCCCCGGGCGACGCCCGGCAACCAACCCGCCUGCUCCACGCGGGCAGCCUGAAGCGCCGCUGCCUGUCGGUCACGCCCUCUUCCGGCGCCUCCGAGGGCAUUGACAUCACCGCCAUCAUCUGCUCGUCCCAGAUGUCGGUGGUGGCCUGCGUGAACGCCGGCGCCCCCUUCCUGCGGAGCCAGGGAGAGCAGCGGCGGCUGCCCUCCCUCAGCCCCCAGGCCACCGACGAGAGCUGCCGCCUGCCCUCGCCCGCCGCCUGCCUCCUCUCCUUCUCCUCCUCCUCGUCCUCCUCGUCCUCCGCCUCCUCCUCCUCGGCGGACUGCGACAGGCCCGCCCCCAUGCAGGAGGCGCGGGGGCCCCCGCCCCAGGCCGCCCACGCCGCCGCGGGGGGGGAGCCGGCGGACAGCUUCAGCGUGCUGGUGAACAGCGUGUUCCAGCAGGGCCUGCUGGAGGGGUGUGGCCGCGGCGGGGCGAUGAAGCAGGAGCCGCUGGACGAGCUCCCGCAGGGCGAGGAGGAGCUCUACCGCCACGCCCACGCCCACCGCCACCACCCGCUCCACCCCAGCCUGCCCCCGCCCUACCACCUGCACCAGUACCUCGGCCCCAGCCCGGGGGCCCUGCUGCACCUCCAGGGGCAGCACCCGCCCUCCGCCCUCCCCCACAAGCCCCCCGGCCUGGCCGGGACUCCCGAACGCGAGGAGCCCGGCGACCAGCAGGCCUGCCGCUGGAUCGACUGCAGCGCCUCCUACGAGCAGCAGGAGGAGCUGGUGAGGCACAUCGAGAAGGUGCACAUCGACCAGCGCAAGGGCGAGGACUUCACCUGCUUCUGGGCCGGCUGCGUUCGCCGAUACAAGCCCUUCAACGCCCGCUACAAGCUGCUCAUCCACAUGAGGGUUCAUUCCGGAGAGAAGCCCAAUAAGUGCAUGUUCGAGGGCUGCAACAAAGCCUUUUCUCGCCUGGAGAACCUCAAGAUCCACCUGCGCAGCCACACCGGGGAGAAGCCCUACCUCUGCCAGCACCCGGGCUGCCAGAAGGCUUUCAGCAACUCCAGCGACCGCGCCAAGCACCAGCGCACACACCUGGACACGAAACCCUACGCGUGCCAGAUCCCCGGCUGCACCAAGCGCUACACCGACCCCAGCUCCCUGCGCAAGCACGUCAAGGCCCACUCCGCCAAGGAGCAGCAGGGUCACAAAAAGGUGCAGUCGUGCCCUCACCUGGAGCCGGACGUCCUGAGCGAAUGUCUGGCGAUGCAGCACCUCCACGGCUCCGCCCCCUCUCACCACCUCCAUGGCUCCGCCCCCUCUCACCACCUCCAUGGCUCCGCCCCCUCUCAGCACCUCCACAAUGGGAAGCUCGCCAGGUCACCCGGGCUGAGCCAAGACAUCUUCACAGGGAUGUUCACUGGCUCCGCCGGCCCCCAUAAUAGGGCCACAUCUGGGCUCCUCUCCUCCACCCCGGACCUGUCCUCCAGGCCCCUGGGCAUCGAGGGGAGCGUCCACAGCCCCCACAACCACCUCUCCCCCCCAUCAGCCAUGGACAACACCAGGGAGGGGGCAGCCUCCCCCCGGGCUGACGGGGCGCGACCCCCCGGUUUCUCCCCGUGCCAGGCGGCCCGGUCUCCCUGA